AUGAGGUUGGAGCGGUCCUUGCCUCUCCUGGGACUCCUGCUGUGUGCGGUUGGCACCGCAGCUCAGCAGGACGAUACCGAAGUACAGGAGGAAUUCCUGGUGGAGAUUUCUGGAACCAUGGUGACAAUCACAUGUCCCUUGACUGAAGAGACCAUAGCCUGGAAGUCAACUGGGACAAAACCACCCAGCAAUGAGAGGAAGUACGUUAUAGAGAAUCAUGACAGCUUUCCUACCAACGUGAGUUGUUGGUCAGGUGAUAAGAAGUACAACAUGUACCUGAAUGCCAGAGUGUGCGCAAACUGUGAGGAGCUGGAUGCCUUGGCAGUGACGGGGAUCAUCACUGCGGAUAUUCUCAUCACCUUCGGGGUGCUGAUUCUGGUCUAUUACUUCAGCAAAGACAGGAAGGGGAGAGCGAGCAGUGGUGCCGGCAGUCGGCCACGAGGUCAGAAAGUGCAGCGUCCUCCCCCCGUUCCAAACCCGGACUACGAGCCCAUCCGGAAAGGCCAGCGGGAAGUGUAUGCAGGCCUGGAACCCAGGGGCUUCUGA